AUGAAAUCAACAUCAGCCCUUCUCACCGGCUUCCUAGCCACUCUCUGGGCCGCAUCUCCCACAAAUGCAUUCUUCCGCAUGCCUUGUCCAGGCCGUCUCGUCGACGAACGAGCAGAUCCCAUCGUCAGUCCAGGCGCUAUCUCUGGACAUGUCCACGCCAUCGCCGGCGGAAACGGAUUCGGAUUCAACAUGACAUACGAAGAUGCUCGUGCUUCGUCAUGCUCUUCCUGCCCCAUCAAAGCAGAUUUGUCAAACUAUUGGGUUCCGCAUUUGUAUUAUCGGGCCCAGAAUGGGACUUUUGUUCAGGUACCUGUCUCAGGGGAUGGGAAGGGGAAUUUAGGGGGUAUUACUGUUUAUUACCUUCAACGACCCGGUGCAAACAAUGACCCCCUCAAAGCCUUCCCCGAAGGCUUCCGUAUGCUUGCCGGCGACCCCUUUCAGCGCAACUUUACAGGCGACUUUGCUGCGCAGGCCAUCAGUUAUGCCUGUCUGGACUACAGCGGUGGUGGAAAGCCCGAAACCAACGAGUUUCCAGACUACAACUGCCCUGACGGACUACGUGCCCAAGUAUUCUUCCCAUCUUGCUGGGAUGGCAAGAACUUGGAUUCCCCUGACCACAAGUCCCAUGUUUCGUACCCUAUCUCAGGGGCUUAUAACAAUGGUGUUUGCCCGGAUACACAUCCCGUUCAUCUAGUUUCGAUCUUUUAUGAGAUUAUUUUCCAGACGAAUCUCUUUGCAGAUCAGUGGUGGGAUACCAAGCAGCCUUUUGUCUGGGCUAUGGGUGAUCCUACCGGAUACGGAUUCCAUGGUGACUUUGUCAACGGCUGGAACAUCGAUACCCUCCAAUACGCAGUGGACCACUGCCUCAACGACAGCGGCAACAUAUCCGACUGUCUCGCCGAAGACGGCUCUGAAUUCUUCGAUCUCUUCGACAAUCAAGUCUCCCAAUUCUGUACCCUACCGGACUUUGUUGAUGAGGUUGUCGGUCCAGUGGUAGACAACCUCCCUGGCUGUAACCCUGUCACUUGGGGUCCUGAACAUGCUACUCCCGGGAAAUGUGAAGAUGAAGCUGUUAUUUCUGAUGAAAUGUUGGCGAAUUAUUAUACAGAUGUGACGCAGUCGCUUGGAUGGGAGUAUUAUGGCUGUGCGUUUGAUGAUAUUAGUACGAGGACGUUGAAUGGUCCGAAUGAGAGUAAGGAUGAGAUGACGGUUGAGAAGUGUAUUAGCUUCUGCUCUGAUGCUGGGUAUUCAUAUGCUGGACUGGAGUAUUCGACUCAAUGCUACUGCGGAAACUCAAUUCCAACAGACAAAGCACCAAUCUCCGGUGUCGUAGGCGGAUGUCUCUUCCCCUGCGCCGGAAACUCGACUGAAAUGUGCGGUGGAUCAGCUGCACUAUCCGUUUAUCACAACUGUGCCGGUGGCUCGUGCAAGAAUGCCAAUAUCGGUGUGAUUGAGGGUGCUGCUUCUUCGCCUGCAAAUGCUGCUCCAGCACCAGGUACAAAUUCAGCGGUAGCAACGGGAAAGACGACAGUUGCUGCUGGAGCUGGAACAGGAGGUACAUCCGCGACGACCAUGUCAGGUGGUGCAGUGUCAUCCAAGACUACUUCUGCUGGUGCUUCGUCUAUUACAUCUGCCGCUACUACCACUGUCCCCGCGGCUGGCGGGCAUAUUAUCCAAGGUAGUUCUACUAUCACGGAUAUCUGCCAGUUGGAGACUGUCACGGUAACCGUGCAGGGUCCAGCGGCUACUGUUACUGUUACUGCUUACACUUGAACUUCAAGAAGAUGAUUGAAGUUUUGAAGUAGUCAUUU